CACUGGAGAAGAAGUUGACGCUCGGCUGGGCAGCUUCAGCGCCUCGAUUUCUAAAAAUAAAAGCAGGUUAUUGUGUCUCGCUUUGAAGAGUUAAAACCUCGAGCUGUGCGAAGACAUGAAAACGGAGACCUCAACGGAUGGAGGGACGUCAGAAGUCCGUGUGAAGAAAGAGGAGACACUGGAGCUGAAAAUCUACAACCAUGGAGACGACCUCGACAACCCACCUGAAGGUCUCUUUGUUAAAGUGGAAGAUCCUGACAAUAAAGACUAUCUCUACUGUGAAGUUUGCAAAUCCUUCUUCCUCAACAAAUGUGAGGUUCAUGGACCACCUGUCUUCAUCCCAGAUACUCCUGUUCCCAUGGGAGUCCCUGACCGAGCCAGACAAACUCUUCCUCCUGGGCUAGAAAUCCAGAAGUCCAGUAUUCCUGAUGCAGGCCUGGGAGUGUUUAAUAAGGGGGAGAUUAUUCCAGUAGGUGCACACUUCGGACCCUGCCAGGGAGAGCUGGGAAACAGAGAGGAAGUCAGGAACAGUGGUGAUUCCUUGGUUGUAUACAGGAGCAUGCAGUGUGAAGAAUACAUUGACGCCAAAAGAGAGAUGCAUGUGAAUUGGAUGAGGUAUGUGAAUUGUGCCCGUAAUGAUGAUGAACAGAAUCUUGUGGCAUUUCGGUAUCAAGGGGGAAUUCUGUAUCUUUGCUGUCGACCCAUUAACCCAGGACAGGAGCUCUUGGUGUGGUAUGAAGAGGAGUACACCAAAGAACUCAGUCCUGCACCUACAGGAACAUCCAGACAGCAAGAAGUAAAGAACGCUCUGCUUCAAGUCUUUUCCUGCUCUACAUGUCCUCGUUCCUGUGCAUCUCAGAUUUACCUCAACAAACAGAUCCAGAGAUGCCACAAUGAAGAGUAUGUGAGACUUUGGGAAUCAGGAGAUAUUAAAUAUGAGCUUCAGAUCCCCUCCAAAUGCUCCAUUCAUCAGCCAACAUCAACUGAUACUCUCAGUUCUGACACUUCUCAUGAUCUACAGAAGGAAAUUCACCACUGCUCAGACUGUGGAAAGAGUUUUGGUCAUCAGAAUGCACUCAAGACACACCAGCACAUUCACACAGGAGGAAAGCCACAUCACUGCUCACAGUGUGGGAAGAAUUUUACUAAACAGAGUGCUCUACGACGACACUGGCGCAUUCACACAGGGGAGAAGCCGUAUCGCUGCUCACAGUGUGGGAAGAGUUUUACUCAACAGAGUGCUCUCCAACGACACCAGCGCAUUCACACAGGAGAGAAGCCGUAUCACUGCUUACAGUGUGGGAAGAGUUUUACUGAACAGAGUACUCUCCAACGACACAACCGCAUUCACACAGGAGAGAAGCCGUAUCACUGCUCACAGUGUGGGAAGAGUUUUACUCAUCAGAGUACUCUCCAACGACACAAGCACAUUCACACAGGAGAGAAGCCGUAUCACUACUCACAGUGUGAGAAGAGUUUUACUCAUCGGAGUCACCUCCAACGACACCAGGGCAUUCACACAGGAGAGAAGCCGUAUCACUGCUCACAGUGUGGGAAGAGUUUUACUGAACAGAGUGCUCUCCAAAGACACCAGCGCAUUCACACAGGAGAGAAGCCGUAUCACUGCUCACACUGUGGAAAGAGUUUUACUCAACAGAGUACGCUCCAAAUACACCAGCGCACUCACACAGGAGAGAAGCCGUAUCAGUGCUCACAGUGUGGGAAGAGUUUUACUCAUCGGAGUCCUCUCCAGCGACAUCAGCGCAUUCACACAGGAGAGAAGCCGUAUCAGUGCUCACAGUGUGGAAAGAGUUUUACUCAUCGGAGUCAUCUCCAACGACACCAGCGCAUUCACACAGGAGAGAAGCCAUAUUACUGCUCACAGUGUGGGAAGAGUUUUACUCAGCAGAGUGAUCUCCAAAAGCACCAGCGUGUUCACACAGGAGAGAAGCCGUAUCACUGCUUACAGUGUGGGAAGAGUUUUACUCAACAGAGUACUGUCCAAAUACACCAGCGCAUUCAUACAGGAGAGAAGCCGUAUCAUUGCUCACAGUGUGGGAAGAGUUUUACUCAGCAGAGUCAUCUCCAACGACACCAGUGUGUUCACACAGGAGAGAAGCUGUAUCGCUGAUCAGUGUGGGAAGAUCUUUACUUAUUCAGUUACAUUUAAGACCUACAAGUGCACUAACUCGGAGACAUUGCAUGAUUUUAAAGUUGUCAAAUAUGGUAGUUAUUACAGUUUUGGCUAAACAUGACCUGUACUUUGAGCUUUAUUGGUCAUGUUAUAUGACUGUUUUAAAAUAUGUAUCCUUAUAGUGAUGUUUGAAACAAGAUGAUUAAUUUUUUUCUUUUGAUCUUAAGUAGUCAUUAAUUACCACCAUACAAGUAACGAUUUACAGUGGAUAUAAAAAGGGUACACGCCCAGUUAAAAUGAUGGAGCUUUCUGAUGUAAAAAUAAAAAAAAAAGUGACCACAAUAAAUAAUUUCAAAACUUUUCCCACUUUUGAUGUGACCUAUAACCUGUACAAUUCAAUUGAAAAUCAAACAAAUCUGUAAGAGGGAAAAACAAAGAAUAAACAUAAGCUGGUUGCAUAAGUGUGUACACCCUUAAACUAAUACUUUGUUGAAGCACCUUUUGAUUUAAUUACAGCAUUCAAUCUUUGGGUUCACACCUGCCAUCAAUUAAAAGUACUCUGAUUAACCCUAAAUAAAGUUCAGACAUUUACUCAGUUGCAUCCUCCUGCAAAAGCCAUGGUUCACAGAGAGCUUACAAAGCAUCAAAGGUAUCAAUCAGAAGAAGGGUACAAAAACAUUUCCACGGCAUUAGAUAUAUCAUGGAGCACAGUGAAGACAGUCAUCAAGAAGUGGAGAAAAUAUAGGACAACAGUGACAUUACCGAGAACUGGAUGUCCCUCCAAAAUCGAUGGAAAAGACAAGACGAAAACUGGUCAGAGAAGCUGCCAAGAGGCCUACAGCAACACUGAAGGAGCUGCAGGAAUUUCUGACAAGUACUGGUUGUGUACUACAUGUGAUAAAAAUCUCCUGUAUUCUCCAUAUGUCUGGACUAUGAGGUAGGGUCAAAGAAAAACAUCCAGGCCGGGCUAAAUUUUUCAAAAAAAAAAAGUAACCCUCUCCCAAAAGCAUGUGGGGGAAAAUGUGUUAUGGUUUGAUGAAACCAAGGUUUAACUUCUCAUCUUCAUCCGCUUAUCUGGAACCGGGUCGCGGAGGCAGCAGUCUGAGCAUGGAAGCCCAAACUUCCCUCUCCCCAGACACCUUGGCCAGCUCCUUGGGAAGAACACCGAGGCGUUCCCAGGCCAGCCGAGAGACAUAGUCCCUCCAGCGUGUCCUGGGUCUUCCCCAGGGCCUCCUCCCGGGGGGACAUGCCUGGAACACCUCCCCAGGGAGGUGUUCAGGAGGCAUCCGAAAGAGCUGCCCGAGCCGCUUCAGUUGAUUCCUCUCAAUGUGGAGGAGCAGCGGCUCUACUCCGAGCUCCUCCCGAGUGACUGUGCUUCUCACCCUAUCUCUAAGGGAGCACCCAGCCACCCUGUGAAGGAAACUCAUUUUGGCCGCUUGUAUCUGCGAUCUUGUUCUUUCGGUCAUUACCCAAAGCUCAUUACCAUAGGUGAGAGUCGUAACGUAGAUCAACCGGUAAAUCAAGAGCUUCGCCUUUUGGCUUCACCACGACAGACCGGUAAAGCAACUGCAUCACUGCGGAGGCUGCACUGAUCUGCCUGUCGAUCUCACACUCCAUCCAUCCCUCACUCGUGAACAAGAGCCCGAGAUACUGAAACUCCUCCACUUGAGGCAGGACUUCUCCACCAACCUGGAGAGGGCAAGCCACCCUUUUCCGGUCGAGAACCAUGGCCUCGGACUUGGAGGUGCUGAUUCUCAUCCCAGCCGCUUCACACUCGACUGCAAACCACCCCAGUGCAUGCUGAAGGUCCUGGUUUGAAGAAGCCAACAGAACAAUAUCAUCCGCAAAAAGCAGAGAUGAAAUCCUGUGGUUCCCAAACAGGACUCCUUCCGGCCCCUGGCUGUGCCUAGAAAUUCUGUCCAUAAAAAUUAUGAACAGAACCGGUGACAAAGGGCGGCCCUGCUGGAGUCCAACAUGCACUGGGAACGGGUCUGACUUACUGCCGGCAAUGCGGACCAGACUCCUGCUCCGUUCGUACAGGGACCGGACAGCCCUUAGCAAAGAGCCCCGAACCCCAUACUCCCGAAGCACCCCCCCACAGAAUACCAUGAGGGACACGGUCGAAUGCCUUCUCCAGAUCCACAAAGCACAUGUGGACUGGUUGGGUGAACUCCCAUAAACCCUCGAUCACCCUAUGAAGAGUAUAGAGCUGGUCCAGUGUUCCACGACCAGGACGAAAACCGCAUUGUUCUUCCUGGAUCCGAGGUUCAACUAUUGGCCGGAUUCUCCUCUCCAGUACCCUGGAGUAAACCUUCCCGGGGAGGCUGAGAAGUGUGAUUUCCCCUAUAAUUGGUGCACACACUCCGGUCCCCUUUCUUAAAAAGAGGGACCACCACCCCAGUCUGCCACUCCAGAGGCACUGUCCCCAACCGCCAUGCAAUGUUGCAGAGGUGCGUCAGCCAAGAUAGCCCCACAACAUCCAGAGACUUGAGAUACUCAGGGCGGAUCUCAUCCACCCCUGGUGCCUUGCCACCGAGGAGCUUGCAAACCACCUCAGUGACUUUGGCUUGGGUAAUGGAUGAGUUCACCUCCGAGUCAUCAGCCUCCGCUUCCUCAAUGGAAGAUGUGACAGUGGGAUUGAGGAGAUCUUCAAAGUAUUCCUUCCACUGCCUGACAGUAUCCCCAGUUGAGGUCAACAGCUCCCCACCCGCACUGUAAACAGUGUUGGCAGAGUACUGCUUCCCCCCUCCUGAGGCGCCGGACAGUUUGCCAGAAUUUCUUCGAGGCCGACCGAUAGUCCUAUUCCGUGGCCUCACCGAACUUCUCCCAGUUCCGAGUUUUUGCCUCAGCAACUGCCCGAGCUGUGGCAUGCCUGGCCUUCUGAUACCUGUCAGCUGCCUCAGGAGUACCAGAGGCCAACAUGGUCCAAUAGGACUCCAGCUUGACGGCAUCCCUUACUUCCGGUGUCCACCACCGGGUUUGGGGAUUGCUGCCACGACAGGCACCGGAGACCUUGCGGCCACAGCUCCGAACAGCCGCGUCAGCAAUGGAGGCGGAGAACAUGGUCCACUCAGACUCAAUGUCCCCCGCCUCCCUCAGGAGCUGGGAGAAGCUGUCCCGGAGGUGAGAGUUAAAGACCUCCCUGACCGAGUGCUCGGCCAGACGUUCCCAGCAGACCCUCACCAUACGUUUGGGUCUGCCAGGUCUGUCCAGCUUCCUCCUCCACCAGCGGAUCCAACUCACCACCAGGUGGUGAUCAGUUGACAGCUCAGCCCCUCUCUUCACCCGAGUGUCCAAGACAUAGGGCUGGAGAUCAGAUGAAACGACAACAAAGUCGAUCAUCGACCUCCAACCUAAAGUGUACUGGUGCCACAUGCACUUAUGGACACCCCUAUGCUCGAACAUGGUGUUCGUUAUGGACAAACCAUGACUAGCACAGAAGUCCAAUAACAAAACACCACUCGGGUUCAGAUCAGGGAGGCCGUUCCUCCAAAUCACGCUCCUCCAGGUGUCACUGUCGUCACCCACGUGAGCGUUGAAGUCCCCCAGUAGAACAAUGGAGUACCCAGUCUCGUUCACUGGGGUAAACUCCAACACAUGGCGGCUAAGCUGUGGAGCUAUAAGCAAGCACACACCAGCCCGCCGCCGCUCACCGUGGGCAAUUCCAGAGAAGUGGAGAGUCCAGCCCCUCUCUGAGUUGGGUUCCGGAGCCCAAGCUGUGCGUGGAGGUGAGCCCGACUAUCUCUAGCCAGUACCUCUCAACCUCCUGCACAAGCUCAGGCUCCCCCCCCC